CAGCUGCGUCUACGGAUCAUUUCGAAUCUAGGGAAUGACGUUCACAAGUGACGUAGUUUGCUGCUUUUGCGGUUCACAAAUUUGGUUUCGUUCCACGUCGUCUUCAAUGUCGCAAACCAUUACAUUUAGCUAUUUACCACUGAAAUAAAGGUGUGGAAAAUACAAUUUAGGGUAAGUUACCAUGUCGCUGGCACCCAAGACAAGGGUGUGUUUAUAACUGGAGAAUGAUAGUGCUACUGGCUCUAAGCUCCCUGCCAUGUCUUUGGAGAAGACCUCCGACCUGGCCAAUGAGAACACAUGCUUGCCAUCCUCGCUGACCCUUGACCUCCGCUACCCAAAUAGUGUUCAGUUUGAUUCUGACCUGAGCAAGAAGGCCAAAGGCACCACCACCUCCUCCACCAAGAAGCGCCACAACUAUGCCACAUCCACACCUUUGGACCUGCUGAAUGGCACCAUGGGUAGCAAUUGCAUCGAUGAGGAAGAGUCCAGUCAACAGAGAGAGGAGGAGAGGGUUCGGAACCAGGAGAACGAGCAGGGACAGCACUGCACUGGGACCAAUGCCAAGUGGCUCAAGGAGGGUCAGAAUCAACUUCGCAAAGUGGCAGAGAGGCAGCAGGACCAGAAUAUAAAUUCUGACCAGGAUUUGAAUCACAACGAGAGCCCAGAUGGAAACCCCAACCAUAACUCUUUAGUGAUGGACCAGAAGGAGGAAGACAGUGAGCAGAACCCGUCUUCUAAGACCCUGAGGUCCCUCUGCUCUGACCUGAAUGAGCCUCUGCUGAUCGACACCUCAGAGACCCCUCAUGGGAAGGAGGAAGAAGAAAAAGAGGACGGGGAUGAGGAAGAGUCUCCACUACUUCCAACAGGUGGAGAGAGGGACACAGACUCGUCUGAGGCGCAGAGUAGCAGUGAGUCUCAGAGAUAUGACAGUGGAGAAGUGAAGGACACAUGCCUGCUGUUUCAGGGCAGAAACGCAGCACCCAGUGAUGAGGACUCCAGUUGCAUGUCACUGUCUCAGGGCAGCACAGCCAACAGCACGCCAGACAGUGACCCAGAGUCUUACUGGGACCGCAGUGCGUUUGAGACGGACACAGACCUGCCUGCAGGGUGGAUGCGGGUCAGAGACGAGUCAGGUACCUACUACUGGCACAUCCCAACAGGCACCACACAGUGGGAGCCCCCCUCUCCCCUAGAGGAGGGAGAAGCCCCAGAAAGACCCUCCAGUACCUCCCCUGCCAUCACACCCAACGUGGAGCCAACGUUGAUGUGGAAUAGUCUCACCCAGUCCCGCCCAAACAGAUUUAAUGACGAGGAGUUCUGGAAGGAGGAAGAUGCCAUGGCUGAUCAGACCCUAAAGGAUUUUGAAGGAGCCACAUUGCGUUAUGCCUCUAUCAACCUCAACUGCUCACAAUCUGAAGAAAAGGAAAAGAUGAACUCGCUCAUCAAUGACCCGGAGGCUAAGGUUUUUGCAGUCCGGUCUCUUGGCUGGGUGGAGAUAUCAGAGGAGGAGAUGGCUCCAGGGAAGAGCAGUGUGGCUGUCAACAACUGCAUCAGACAGCUCUCCUACCACAAACACAACCUGCACGACACGGCUGGGAUCUGGGGAGAGGGAAAAGACAUGCUCCUUGUUCUGGAGAAUGAGAUCUUGAACCUGAUAGAUCCGUUGGGCCAGACCUUGCUGCACACCCAGCCUAUCGUCAGCAUCCGAGUGUGGGGAGUGGGCCGGGACAACGGCAGGGAGAGGGACUUUGCCUACGUGGCGAGAGACAAACUGACUCAUGUUCUGAAGUGCCAUGUGUUCAGGUGUGACACACCUGCUAAGAACAUUGCCACGAGCAUGCAUGACAUCUGCUCUAAGAUAAUGGCCCAGAGGAAGUCAUCCAAAUCCUCUUUGAACAGACUGAACACAGACCCCUCUAAACUGGCAGACAUUCCUUUCCAGGAAUUUCCUGCACCAAAGAAUGAGCUGGUCCAACGCUUCCAGGUAUGUUACCUAGGUAACGUGCCUGUUGCCAAACCCGUAGGUAAGGAACGCUUUGGUAUGGACCUAGUUAAUGUUGCCCUCGACACAGCAAUGAAUUCCAAAGUCAAGGAAGAGUGGACGUCAGUUACUGUGAACGUGGCCUCAGCCACACUUACCAUAAUCACAGCUGAGACAGAGGAGGUUCUGUCAGAGUGCCGGGUGCGGUUCCUGUCCUUCAUGGGCGUGGGGAAGGACGUCCACACCUUUGCCUUCAUCAUGGCCGAGGGCCCCGGGGACUUCAUCUGCCACAUGUUCUGGUGUGAGCCCAACGCAGCCAGCCUCAGUGAGGCCGUGCAGGCCGCCUGCAUGCUGCGCUACCAGAAGUGUCUGGACGCCAGGCCGCCCAGUACCAACUCCUGCCUGCCAGGCCCGCCGGCUGACUCUGUGGCACGCCGUGUGGGCUCAAGUGUCAAGAAGGGAGUUCAGAGCCUGCUGGGCAGCUUCAAGAGGUCUGGGUCCCAGACGCCUUGAGAGGUGCCAACUAACCCACUACACACCACUCUACCCCCAGGCCAAGCCCACCAUGAUAGCCAUGGCUCUCCUCACUCCUCCACUGCCUCUCUCCCCAUUCUGAGGUGUUAUGGUAGAACCUGCUUCCCUUCUCAUGGGCACUGUGGGCUGCCUUUUGGGUUGGGGUACCAGUAAACCUAGCGCUGCCCACAGCUCCUCCAUGCGUUACACUUCCUUCACUUCACCUUUGGUUGGACAAGUAGGCCAUCUUUUCACUUGUUUGUUUAAUCUGUGAUUUAUUAAAGGUCCAAUGCAGAAGUUAUCUCAAUAUCAAAUCAUUUCUGGGUAAGAAUAUAGUACUUUACUGUGAUUUGUUUUCAGGUAAAAUGGUCAAAAAUAAACAAAAACAGCUUCUUAGCAAAGAGCAGUUUCUCAAGAAUUUAGCUAGGACUGUCAGGGAGUGGUCUGAGGGGGGAAACAACAUUUAUUUUUAUCGGAAGAGAUGUUUGGAACUCUUUCUUAUUGGUCUGUUAAGAGGAAACUUGGUCUAGUUUACAAAGUACCAACACUAAUUAUGCUUAGGAAAACAGUUCUGUUCUGUAACAUUGUCUCUGCUAUUUGUUUUGCAGAACAAAUAUAGUAUAUUAUUUGUGAAAAUGGAAGAUGUGCAAUUGAAUUGUGAAUGUGGUUGAGCUCAUGCCAUGUGCUUGUGGCACUCAAGUUGGUUUUCAUUUAAAAAUGGAUAUCGACUUGAAAGAAAUUAGAAGCAGUGGCAUGAGAAGUCUACAUAAAAUGCAGCAUGGUGAAUGAGUGUUGAGCUGGAAGCACUAAAACAUGCUAGCUAGCUAAUAUAAUAUUUGGCAAAUAAAUAUUUUGGAUAUAUAUAGUUUCUAUAGUACAUUUGUUGUGAUGCCGUUUUGUUUUAAGUCCCCUCUUCCUUCUGGGGGAGCUGGUAAACCAGCAAGUUGUGAUGCCGUUUGGUUUUAAGUCCCCUCUUCCUUCUGGGGGAGCUGGUAAACCAGCAAGUUGUGAUGCCGUUUGGUUUUAAGUCCCCUCUUCCUUCUGGGGGAGCUGGUAAACCAGCAAGUUGUGAUGCCGUUUGGUUUUAAGUCCCCUCUUCCUUCUGGGGGAGCUGGUAAACCAGCAAGUUGUGAUGCCGUUUGGUUUUAAGUCCCCUCUUCCUUCUGGGGGAGCUGGUAAACCAGCAAGUUGUGAUGCCGUUUGGUUUUAAGUCCCCUCUUCCUUCUGGGGGAGCUGGUAAACCAGCAAGUGCAACAAGUUUUAGUGAAACGUCUCAUGUCUCAAAGAAAGCUUAGGCUGUCUGUUACUGCACUCCAAGUAGACAGUAUGUUGGAGGAAGAUGGAAGCUUUCUAUUGUGUGGAAAUGGAUCUGAAGUUGUCAUCCUUUUUUUGCGAUCAGAUGUUGUAUGUUAGUCUGUUUAACCAUGUUCUUUUCUUAUCUGUUUAACAAUGAUUUUGUUUACACGUGUCAAGUGUUAUAAUUGUUUUCCUUUACUCCAUUGUGUAUGUCUAAAACUUAAAGUUUUAAUUUAGUUACAUCUGAGCAGUGACAGCUAUUUAUAGCUACCCCCUUGUCCUUUCAAACUGUUUAUAAGAUCUGACAACUUUUAUGCCUCCUAAUUAAUUGGGUCUAAGGGAUGAGACACUACUGUCAUUGUGAUAGACAUGUCACUGAACUUGACAGUGUCUGUCAGUAACUCACAAGUCAUUUAACUUCCACUUCCUUUUUUUAUUUCAGUUUUUAAACUCCUGACUGCCCUCUGCUGGGCUUUAGAAUAGUUAUUUUUCAUUAGCAGUGUGUCUGACGACACAACAGGAGAGCUAACAAGCCUGAUGCAUUUUGUUGUGCAAAGAUUGUAAUUACGGAAAGUGUUUGUUUUUUACCCACAAACAGUGUUUGUCUAUGAAAUAUUCAGGCUGAAGUAUGUGUGGAAGUUUCCUCCUUAUAGCGUGCAGUAUGUGUAAAUCAUAUGAACACUUCGCUGCAUAUAAACACAUCUUUAAAGUACACUAUCCCAUAGUUGACUGACGAGAGCAUAGUCUUCCCUUUUUGUUUUUGAAUGCAGUUGGUUAAAAAAAACUUUCUUUUUCAAAUUAAAUUAUUAUAUUUUUCUAAGUGUGUGUGUGUGUAACAUAUCUGUGAGAUGGAGAUGCCUUUUUACCCUCAGUUCCUACCACUAUGUGGUCACUGUUGCAGCAGUGUUUCCAAAUCUGUAUCACCAUACUAUUUAUCCCCCUCCUUCACUUUAUUGUGCCACAUUUUCUCCAGCUCUCAUCUGUUUUGGACAGCAAUUUGACCAGACAAGAAGCCAUAGGUUAGGCUUUGCCCUGGCUUUAGUUGCUCGCUCACUCUUAAGUACUGACUAAUAAAAACAGACACAUAUGUACAAUGUAGUUUUUUUUGUAUGACAUUGUUUUUGUUGUAACUGAAUUUGUGUGAUUUUCGUCACGCCUAUAAUUUUUACUCCUUACUCUACACACGAAGUACUCUACACUACUUACUGUAAAUGUCAGACAUUGGUUGCCUUGUACAAACAGAGCUUCCUGCUGUUAGUAUAUCAUUUAUUUUUAAUUCACACUGUAAUAUUGGACCAUGCUUUGAGGCCUCAAAAAUACUAUCAAGAAUUUGUGUGACUGUACAUUUCACGUGUCAUAUGUUUUCCCUUCCAUUUCAAUAGUGACUGUCACUACACAUGUCCCCAAUCCACUUAUUGCUCACCUGUUUCUUUUGUUUUGCUGAGAAAUCAGUUAUAACCCAUUUAUAUAUUCAGUGUAGAUGUUAACCAGUGGGUGCACUUUGCAUGGCUGUUAUAUAAGAACUGACCCUAGCUUCUCAGAACAGGGGAGCACAGAGGGUCCUCAGUAUGUUUUCAGCUCUAUAAGGACAAAUAUAGGCCACGAUGGGAAGUCUGAGUACUGGUAUACGUUAGCCCUACUAACAAAAACCCCAUCGGAUUGUCAAUGUAGAUUCCUUGUUGUAAUGCUCAAGAUAUUUAGGUUGCUUUGGUGAUGUUCAAGGUUAAAUAUUUGUCUUAUUAAGGAUGAAUCAUUGCAAUAAAAAUGAGUAAUACAUGCUUUUCUUUAACUUAAGAUAAAUUAUUGAAGGAUUUACAUGUGUUGAAGAUAAGAAACCGACUUUGAUCCAAAUGUACCGCAACACUAAUAUGAUAGGGCUGUGAUCAUGUCCCCUGUCAUAGGCCAUGGAAAAUAUCUAGGUUCAGUUUUUAACAAACGUGAACUUUUAUGUCUGCCUUUUUUGUUUUUCAGAUGUGUUCAGUGUGGUGUUAACCUUUCGAUGUGAGGUAUUUAUUAAGCCUUACAAUGAAGUGAUACCUUUUUGUUCACACUCCUGUUUGUCAGCCAUGUGUAUUUUUUAGCUUCUGUUUUCUUUAAUAUCCACUGGUGACUGUAAUGCAAAAAAAAGUGGUCAUUUACAUAUCUGAAGAAUGUAAAUGAGGUGUGUGUAUGUAUAUACAGUACCAAAUAAAAGUUUGUACACCUACUCAUUCAAGCAUUCUUUAUUUUUACUAUUUUCUACAUUGUAGAAUAAUAGUGAAGACACACUAUGAAAUAACACAUGGAAUCAUGUAGUAACCAAAAGAGUCUUAAAUUAAUCAAAAUAUAUUAGGCUUUUUUGAAGUAGCCAUGCUUUUCCUUGAUAGUUUGCACAUGCUUGGCAUUCUCUCAACCAGCUUCACCUGGAAUGCUUUUCCAACAGUCUUGAAGGAGUUCCAACAUAUGCUGAGCACUUGUUGGGUGCUUUUCCUUCACUCUGCGGUCCAACUCAUCCCAAACCAUCUCAAUUUGGUUGAGAUCAGGGGAUUGUGGAGGCCAGGUCAUCUGAUGCAGCACUCCUUCACUCUCCUUGGUAAAAUAGCCCUUACACAGCCUGGAGGUGUGUGUUGGGUCAUUUUUAGUGGGACUAACAAAUGAUAAUCCCACUAAGCGCAAGCCGGAUGGGAUGGCAUAUCGCUGCGGUAGCCAUGCUGGUUAAGUGUGCCUUGAAUUCUAAGUAAAUCACAGUGUCACCGUUUCUUGGCCCAUGCAAGUCUCUUCAUCUUAUUGGUGUCCUUUAGUAGUGGUUUCUUUGCAGCAAUUUGACCAUGAAGGCCUGAUUCAUGCAGUCUCAUCUGAACAGUUGAUGUUGAGAUGUCUGUUACUUGAACUUUGUGAAAUGCAGCCCAUUUAUUUGGGCUGCAAUUUUGGAGGCUGGUAACUAAUAAACAUAGCCUCUGCAGCAGAGGUAAUUCUGGAUCUUCCUUUCCUGUGGUGGUCUUCAUGGGAGCCAGUUUCGUCAUAGCCCUUGAUGGUUUUUGUGACUGCACUUGAAAUGUUCAAAGUUCUUGAAGUUUUCCAGAUUGACUGACCUUCAUGUCUUAAAGUAAUGAUGGACUGUAGUUUCUCUUUGCUUAUUUUAGCUGUUCUUGCCAUAAUAUGGACUUGGUCUUUUACCAAAUAGGGCUGUCUUUUGUAUACCACCCCUACCUUGUCAUAACACAACUGAUUGGCACAAACACAUUAAGACGGAAAUAAUUUGUGGAUAAUUUGUGUAUCUAACUUUUAACGAGGCACACCUUGUUAAAUUGAAUUGCAUUCUAUGUGACUACCUCAUGAAGUUGAUUGAGAGAGUGCCAAAGCUGUCAUCAAGGCAAAGGGUGGCAAUUUGAAGAAACUCAAAUAUAAAAUACAUCUUGAUUUUUUUAACACUUUUUUGGUUACUACAUGAUUCCAUAUGUGUUAUCAUAGUUUUGAUGUCUUCUAUUACUCUACAAUGUAGAACAUAGUAAAAAUAAAGAAAAAUCCUAGAAUGAGUAGGUGUGUCCAAACCUUUGACUGGUACUGUAUACAUAUAAAUGUAUGUAAAUAUUGUGUCACAGGACAAAAUAAAAAGUGGAACUGUA